CCCAGAUUCCAAAAUUACGAAUCCUUUUUCUCUGUUUUAGGGCUUAUCGCAGAGACCUAAAUCGCGUUUUGUCGUCCCUUCAAUCCGUUCGAGUGUUACAGUUAAUCCCCAUUACUCACUACAUGUCUAAAGCUCAAGAUCCAUUUUAUAUCGUCAAAGAAGAGAUUCAAGAAUCUAUUGAUAAAUUGCAAUCAAGUUUUCACCAAUGGGAGAGGAUUCGUCCUGACGACGAAGAACGAGUACAUCUCACAAAAGAGCUACUUGCUAAUUGUGAGAGCAUUGAGUGGCAGGUAGAUGAAUUGGACAAAGCGAUUUCUGUGGCAGCUAGGGAUCCAUCAUGGUAUGGCAUUGAUGAAGUGGAACUUGAAAGCCGAAGGAGAUGGACCAGCAAUGCCCGAACUCAGGCGGGAGAUGUGAAGAAAGCUGUAGUAGCCAGAAAGGAAACUGGUAAUACUGCAAGUGCAAUGCACCGAGAAUUGAUGAGACUUCCAAAUUCUCAUCAGGCAGAUAGAUCCAACCUGUAUAGCGCAGAAGAUAAUGAUGACUUUAUAGCAUCGGAAUCAGAUAGACAAAUGCUUCUCAUAAAACAGCAGGAUGAGGAGUUGGAUGAGCUUAGUGCUAGUGUCGAGAGAAUAGGAGGUGUCGGGCUUACUAUACAUGAAGAACUUCUUGCACAGGAGAGGAUAAUAGAUGAUUUAGGUAAUGAAAUGGACAGCACGACAAACCGAUUAGAUUUUGUUCAGAAAAAGGUUGCUAUGGUUAUGAAGAAGGCCGGUGCUAAGGGACAGUGUAUGAUGAUAUUAUUUUUGCUAGUUUUGUUCAUUAUUCUAUUCAUUCUGGUCUUCUUCACUUGAGACCGGAGAGAAGGGUUAGUCUUUAUGAUGUUCAUAUGUGGAAGUGGUCUGAUAUUGGAAAUAAACCGUGGGAGUUGUAAAGAAUAGAGUUGUGUUGUUGAUCUUUAGUGAUGAAAACAACAACAACAACGAGAAUGAAGAAAAUUGUGUGUUUUGUGUGUUUCUGAAGAAUUGUGGAACUUGGUUAGGAUUACAUGUAAGACAGACAUAUAUUGUUACUGUUUGCUCCUUUACAAAGAAUUGUUUCUUAUCUUA